CAAAUGUGUUCCGCAUUGAACAUUUUGUCGAAUUUCCUGCGCGAAUAAUACAUUGGCGGCAGAUCACCUCAGCAGGUGUUUUUCCUGGCAGCCGCCAAAAACAAACCGAGGACCUUGACACACACCACAGGCUCAGUGGAAGCUGCAGCCAACGGCGGAUAAUUAAAUGUCAAGAUUGCAAGUAACAACAACGUGGCGGUUAAGGUGAAAGGGGGUUUAAGUUCUGCAGCAUUUGUUGUUGCCUUCAUGGAUGACCAAACAAGCUGCCACAAAACAUGAAUCCACCCACACAGUCUGUGCUGGGGGUAUAAAAUGCUCCGAGAAUACACAUUAUACGCAUAAUGUAUGAUUGUUGCCAGGAUACUCAGCCUCCCCCGCGUAAUCGCAUUGUUCAUCAGAGACCCAUUCGUAAUCGUGUCGUGCGUGUGAAUCGUUUCCACACACCGGAUUUUGGAACAUAUGAAAUUCGAGAUGGACCUUUCUCGGAGACAGAGGCGAAUACAUGCUGCUACGCUACCUUCAACGAUGCCUGUAACGAUACCUGUAACGAUUCCUGUAACGAUACCAACAAUGAUACCAGCAACGAUUCUUGUAACGAUAGCUACAAUGAUAGCUACAAUGAUACCUGCUACGAUACCUGCAAUGAUACCUGCAACGAUACCAGUUACGGUGAUGAUUAGUCAAUUCAAUGCCAAUUGUGGAAAAAUCGACUGUAAUCUGAGUAAACAUCAUUAUUAUAGGCAAUGAUCAGGACUGGUCGCCUGCCAAUAAACUAAAAU